AGUGUCCAGCGCAGCCUUUGACAGCGUGCGUCUGUGGACCAUCGUGGCGCUGUGCGUGCUGCGGCUGGCGCUGACUCGUUAUCACCUGCAGGCCUACCUCAACUUAGCUCAGAAGUGGGUGGAGCAGAUGAAGAAGGAGGCGGGACGGAUUGCUGCCAUUGACAUCCAGAGGAAGGUUACACGUGUGUGUUGUUACCUGACAGUAGUCACUCUGCAGUAUUUAGUUCCAGUUCUGCUCAUCCUCUUCUCCACUCUGUCACUUAAAGCACUCGGAGACUUCUCCUGGGGUAUAGUUACUGAGGCGACCCCCGGGGUGACGCAAGCGCCAAUAAUCCCCACAGCAGCUCCUGUGCUGCCCGGUGGUCUCGACGAAGAUGAGGAAGAGGAGGAGGACGUCCAGGCCACAGUAGCUCAUCUGUUGGAGGCGUUCACGGCGCUGCGGGCCGUCUUGACUCCUCUUUUCUUCCGUGGUUUGUUUGCGUUCUUCACCUGGUGGGUGGCUGCCUGUCAGCUCAUCAGUUCUCUGUUUGGCAUUUAUUUCCAUCAGUACUUAAUGCAGAACUGAGGAAAUCAGAACUCCGUAGAUCCAUCCCUAACCUAAAGAGACAUUUUCUGAAAAUACACAGAUUGUGUGUUUGUCUUUCUGUUAAUGAGUUUGAUUAAUAUAGGACUGCUAGCAUCAACAACACAAAUAUACAGAAAGCACAGGGGCUCAGAUCACAAAGCAAGUUCAGUGUUUUCCAUUUGCUACUGUUUUUUUUAAGGUUUUUCUACAGAAAAUGUAAUAUGGACAGCUUGUUUAGCAGAGCAGUAGCAUUUUUUCCACAUCCUUUCUUAUGUGCUCCAAAACUGCAGAGAAAACCAUUCAUAACUAGCUGCUCAGAUUACAAAUCAGAAUGUGGGUUUACUUUUUUUUGAAGGAUCCCUUGUUAAGUUCACAGAAAUGUUUGCUUCCAUGAAAUGAAGUUCAGUCAGUUUAUCAAAUGUGAUCUUAUUUAAUCAAAGUAGCACUGAGAAGCUUUGCUGUCUUGCGUGAUGCCUAGUUCAUGGGAAAAAUAUUGUAGAAAUUAAUUAGUGUCAUAGCUUUGAAUUCUAUAGCAUAAAAAAUUUAAAAAACACAGACAGCACCUCAUUGUUGCCUAAUAGAUGCACCUACAACUCCCAGCCAGUGGGGGGUGCUACAGUUCAGGGCUUAAGGUGCAAAUACCAAAAUUUCUUUUCUUUUCUUUUUUUCUUGCUUCGUCUCAGCUUAUUUCCUGAAAACUCAACGAUAUAGUUUUAUAUG